AUGGGUCGUCAGGCACCUUAUCAAGGUGGCUUUGGUGUUGGGCAUGGUCAGCAGACAUACACGAGGGGCAUUGAUAUAUGUGCUGAGCAGAUCUCUGGUGGCACAGUGGUGGUAUGGAUGGACACAGAAGGCUUGUUCUCUUCAGAGGACGCCCGAAGUUCAUACGGACCCAAGAUCUUCAGUCUGGCACUUCUUUUCUCGUCUGCAGUGUUGCUUAACAACCUCAAGGUGCUCAACCAGCAAUUCUUUGUUUUCUUUGAGGAGCAGCAACAGGUGGCACGGAUACUGCGAGAAGGUCUACGCUCCGAAGGUCUGCAAAGUGAUAUCCUUCUUGCCGACAAGUUGCCCCUGGUUUGGGUUCUUCAGCAGCCUAUCAACUUCACCACCACGAUGGAGGCCAGCCAGCAGCAGCUUGAUUCGUUCAUCACGAUCCAGGACCAGGCUAGGCAGAGGAUCCGCGAAGAUUUCAAUCAUCUCAUCCACCAGGUCCCUGCGGCAACGCAUGACUCUCGUCAGUGGCCAAAGCUAGACCAAGUCAGGGACGAGGAGCUCCUUCCCGAGUACAUCGAAGCCACGCAAGCGUUGCGAGUCCUCGUGUUGAAGGAGCUACAGACCGCGCGGCCUCUUCAGGCUGCGAGCAUUGCUGCGCAUCUUCGAAUGUACGUGGAUCUAGUGCAGAAUGACCAUUUUAGUGUAUCACUAGCCCGAGAAGCUUUUGAAGAUUCGCAUAUCGCACAACUUUGCGAGAGCUUCGGCGCGCACGCAGAGGCCUUGUCUGGACAGCUUCCCUCAGCAAAGCUGCCUGGGGCUUUGGAUUUGGCAGAGGAGGCGAUCCAGGAGGAGCGCGACAAAGUGAUCAAGGAGUUUCACUUGGACGAGACCUUCUUACGACGGCUGCGGCAGUGCCUCCAGAAGAAGCGCGAGGAUUUGGAGUCGACGAACUCAGACCUGGUUCUCGAGGAAUGGAAGAACGAAGCGUUGAGCAUCGCCGAUUCUGGCAAUUGCUUCUUCUUGGGUACGCUCGCCAAGAAGCUGCCCACGUACCGCGAGAAAUAUGGAAAAGCUUUCAAUGCCAAGACUCGGGCCAAAGCCCAAGAAUAUGGAUCCGACCUGCAGCGGGCACGGCUGACCGGGUGUGUGCACCUCCAUGAUUUCUUGCUACCACUUGCCCCAUGGUUGGCAUGGCCUGUCAUAAGUCUUUACUUGAGGCAAGGACUCAUUUCGGGCAUCUUGGCAAUGAUCCUUCACGGGAUUGUUUUGGCAGGCAUCUACACAAUGCUCCAGUUCAUGAACCAGCUGCCGCCAUACCUGGAUUUGCAAUACCAAGUCCUGAAGCACCAUCCAGGACUUAGAAACUUAGUCAUGAGAGCCCCGCAGACAGUCCCAUGGAGCAUGAUAUCCAAAGUCUUCGGGCUGAUGGGGGCACUGCACAGUGCUUGGCGCCUGCUUACGAACCUGUCGAAGAUUUUGAGGUCGCUCAAUCAUGGCAGCCCAAUAGGGCAGCUCACAAACUUGGAGUUGAAGCUGAAUAUGAUUCUCGAGCGCUCACAGGCUGGCAGCAAUGCGCCAGCAACGGUCUUUAUUAACACAAACUUGGCUAGGCGGCACUGGCUCAUGGUCAGAAGCGGAGGUAUUCCUGAUGCGCAGCAGCCGACCUACAGAUGCUGCUCCCGCCUGCUGAGUCUUGGAAGCACAUGUUGGCAAACCGUAGAUGUACAAGUGCACGUCAAUCGGCUUUUCUCCCAACUCUUCCAGGUUGCACGCGCGUUGGAUGUUGGCCAAGCCGACCACGACGCCGUGCCACUGCUUUGGACAACAAAGCCGCAAGUCAAGGCUCGGUUGGCCCCGCUGAAGAUUCAGCCUGGGCAGCAACUCGAUGGCAAGCGGUGCCAGAUGAUGAGGUUGGGCGGGCACUCGUUUCUUCGGACAGAUAGGCUCGGGGAUGCCACGUCAUCUACAUUAGCUCUGAGUUUCCGGCAGAUCAAGAUCAUCGUGCUUAGUCCUGGUGCCAAGCGGCGGCGGCAGAAGGGCAGACGAGGUGCAGUGCGAAUUGGCGACAUCGCCAUCUCCGUCUCCUCCGUGUUUCGACUGCAGUUAAACAACAUGUCUCGCCAGAACGGGCUCACGUACAUUGAGCACAACUUCACGAUAGCGAAGCCAAGCAACCAGAAUUCGCAGCAGGAGCUCAGGCUCUUUGCUGGAAUCGGACAUGUGCUUGUGCAAGCGCUCGCCACCUCCAUUUUGCCAUGGCCUGGCCUUCUGCAGCAGAUUGAAGUCGCAUGUGCUGGGGUGAACUUGCAGGCGGAUCUUGACAGUGUCAUGCCUGUCGCGCAGGAGACCCACAAUCAGUCCAAAGAUGACGACGUGGGCCGCAGCGUCUAUGGUAAGCCAUGGAGCCUGCUCCGCCAAAGAUACCACCUCCGAAGCGGCGACACAGACCCGGUGAAAAGGAACCACAUGAAUCACAGAAACCACAUGAAGUCGAUGAAGCUGAUGACGCACAUGAAGCACCUGAACCGCAUGAAGUUGAUGAAGCUGAAGAAGCUGAUGACGCGCAUGAAGCACCUGAAGAUCAUGAAGAUCAUGAAGAUCAUGAAGAUCAUGAAGAUCAUGAAGAUCAUGAAGAUCACGAAGAUCAUCAAGGUGAACCCCCUCGAGAGUUGGAGGGUGAGGGUCCUGCGGGUGAUGAGCAGAACUUGGUGGAGAUGCAGGAACGCAAGUGUGCAGCUGGCUGUGGCUGCCACGGUACUCGUGCUUGGUAUCCGAUGCAAGGAGGAGCAGCCGGUCGAGGCCCAGGCGUCCCAAGAGUAUGAAGAGGAUGAAGAGUAUGAAGGGUGUUCGAACGAUCUUCAGCGAAGAAUCCGCUGCGCUGUGGAAGCUGGCCUGGUGGAAGCGCUGGACUCCGACGUGCCCGAGGACUUGGUCUCCAGCUCAGAUCUGCCAUCAGUUAAGGAGCCUGUCAAGAGCCUGAACUCCUCGUCGAGUCGAGUGUCGGGCCCACUAUCUGCGUGCACGUUGGAUACGUUGGACAGCACCCAGGUGAUGGAUAUCGCCUGUGAGGAGGUGGUGGGACUCAUGGUGCAGUCUGCCCAAGACGAGACUCUAUACGGUGGCCAGGCCGCUGCUUGUCUGGAACCUGCAUUCCACGAGAAGUGUGCGCGGAGGACACCCGAGGCACGUCUGAACUCCUCGUCGAGUCGGACGUCUGACCCACUAUCUGCGUGCACGUUUGAUACGUUGGAUAGCUCCCAGGUGAUGGAUAUCGCCUGUGAGGAGGUAGUGGGACUCAUGGUGCAGACUCAAUACGGUGACCAGGUCGCUGCUUGUCUGGAACCUGCAUUCCACGAGAAGUGUGAGCGGAGGACACCCGAGGCACGCCUGAACUCCUCGUCGAGUCGAACGUCUGGCCUACUAUCUGCGUGCACGUUGGAUACGUUGGACAGCUCGCAGGUCCAGACUGUUGCUCGCGAGGAGGUAGCGGGACUCAUGGUACAGCUUGCGCAAGAUGAGACUCAAAACGAUGACCAGGCCGUUGUGAGUCUGGAACCUGCAUUUGACGAGCACUGUGCAAGGACACCCGAGGCACGUCUGGACUCCUCAUCGAGUCGGACAUCUGUGUGCACGUUGGACACGUUGGACAGUUCGCAGGUCCAGGGUGUGGCUCGCGAGAAGGCGUGGCAAGUGGCGGACAGUCUGAGAUGGACCGCGGAAGAUGAGAUGAAACUUGUAUUCGACAAGCACCGUGCAAGGAGGACACCCGAGGCACGUCGAAACUCCUCGCCUAGUCGAGCGUCGGGCCCACUGUCUGCGUGCACGUUGGAUACGUUGGACAGUACCCAGGUGCUGGAUAUCGCCUCUGAGGAGGUAGUGGGAGUCAUGGUGCAGUCUGCACAAGAUGAGACUCGCACAGAUGACGCGUGGCGGCUCCAAGUGGUGCCAGAGGUGUCAGAAGAGGUCAUCAGUUCCAUUAUGUUGCACGUAGAGGACUUCUUGGACUUGGUGGUCGAUGUGGACGUGGUGGACGGGGAUCUGGACGCAGAGGUGCAUCCAGGCCAUGUCUGA